AGUUUAGGAGUAGGCCUUGCUCCACUAGGUUGGCUAACGCUCUGGUGCCAUAUAGCUCGACACAACCCACACGGUUUCCCCAAAAAUUCGGACUCGAAAACCAAAAUCUAAAAUCAACUAAAACAAAAAGAAAACUACACUAGAAACGGCACAAGGAGUUGUCCACGGCCCCCAAGGACGCUCCCAGGAAAGGACACACGAACCGCGCACGAAACCGUAACAGGAACCGUUUUUAUCCAAAUUAUCCGAAGAGAUGAGUGUGGAACCGGGUGGCGGCGACGACCCCAGCAGGGCACCCGGUGACUCUCCUGAGAUGGAUGCCAAGCUGGUGGUGGUGGGACGUGCCAUGGCCAGCGUGGUGGAGCGGGCUCGUCGCCUCAAGAUGUCCAGCCUGGAGGGCUACGAUUAUCCGGGGGGUAAGUCGAGUUCCUCCGCCACGCCAAGUGUCUCCGCCCGGACGACCAACAGCGGUGGCCGUUACGGCCGGCGGCCCGGAAUGUCAGGCAGAUCCACCCAGUCGGGAGCCCAACGGAACACGGCCACCGGUGGGGGAGGCGGCAGCUCGACCGUGCGCCGCCUGAAGAAGAUAGACUCGGCGCCCUACCACCGGACUCCGCGUAGCGCCCAGUCCCUGACCGGCAAUCUGCCAGUGCCGCCGCCACCGCCGCCCCCGUCGCCGCGGUGCCCGCAGGCCCGCGAGCUAUUCCAGGCCCUGGAGCAGGCCGACAAGCUGAUGGCCGACUACCAGCAGACGGAGCAGCUGACCGACAGCCUGCUCAGGCAGGCGGAGGCCAUCAAGCGGGACCUGGAGCUGCAGUGCCAGCUCCAUCGCGACGUGGAGCUGGUGCGCGACUUGGAGGUGGAGGCCAACGGCCGGUCCCUGCUCUACCUCAUUGAAGCCAUCCGGGCGGAGUGCGACAGCGAGGAUGUUCAGGCCAUCCGAGAACGGUGCCUCCAAUCUCUGGCUCGCAGCGAGAGUCGCUUCGCAUACCAGGUGGAUGAGAUGGACGGCGAGGACGAUGACACGGACACCAACACCAACAGCGAGACGGACACCGAAGCGGACGCAGAGGCGAUGGCGGAGGAGGACGAGUCUGCGUCGGAGCUGGAAGGGGCUGACGAUCGGGGCAACGGCAAGGCCACCCAAACCGACUUGGAGCCCAUGUGCUCCUCCGACUACCGCUCGUCGCCGAAGAGCAGCAGCAGCAGCAGCCUCCGCUCGGGCCGGAGUACCCUCUUCUACCACAUGAUGCACUACGUCGAGGACGAGAUCCUGUCCAACAUACCAGGCGAGCCGGCCGGCCUGGGCCUGAAAAUGGACAUGGAACCGGGCGCCGAACCUCCGGAUAGUGUCCUGCCAGAAGCCGCCACCGAAGAAGCUGACCUGGGCGCCGGCGACGCCAGAGAGGUGGCCCAGGAUGCAGUAACCAAAUCGGAUAGCAUUUGAAUAAUGUUUAUAAAGUUUUAUUCACCAGA